AAGAUCCUUUGUGUUUUGUCAAUUCCAGGAAAAAACUGAUCAAACACUGUUGAAAAUGUCGGUUCAGAAGGAUCCUUUACAACAGGAUGGUUAUUUCUACCGGAAGGAAGACUUAGAGCCAGGAAACAGCGCAAAGUCCAACAAAGGAAACAGAAAGGACAAAAGCUCAGGAGAUCCUCCUAAAGAAGAAAAAAAGCUCACGGUUGUUUUCAUUGCAAUGUUGUCCAAGAAUUUUCAAAAGGAUUUUAAAGAGGGAACAAAAAUAUAUAUUCGAGGAGAUGGACCAAUUUUUAAUAAUUGGAAUAAUGGACCUGGGGAAACGGUCCAAGUAGAAAGGAAUAAUCAACAGCAGUUUUUUCUUCGUUGUGAACUUAAUGUUCCAUUAAAUAUCUGUGAUCGUAAAUAUGCCUACAAGUAUGUUGUGGUUAAUGGCAAGGGUAAACCGAUGUAUGAAUGUUUGGUUGAAGUGGAAUCCAAAGCUGCUCUCUGGAAAAACUACGGUUAUAUUAAUCGGUGCCUUCAUAUUCUCAAGGAACAUACUGUACAAAACAAAAUAUUGUACAAAUACGAUGGAUUUGUUUACAAAAAUCUCGGAAGAACCUUUCUGAAUCAAGAACAACCUAAAAAAGACAGAGAGCAAUUUUUUCAUCUACACUUCCCACUUUGGAGAGGAUUUAUUGUUUCUUCAUAUGAUGAUAAAUUGGAACUAGUCGAAGCUUUGGAAAGGCUUCAUCUUUUGCAUCUAAGUCAGGGUGUUCCUGAAAUGCUUACGUCUUAUGGAAGAUAUUGGUCGAAUGAAAAAGUUGAUUUGAACCAACUAGAUCUUGGAAAGAUCUUUGUUCAAAUAUUGAUGCAGAAAAUAAAAAACAAUCAUGAGAUCAUGGAAAGUGAAGAUGACGUACAGAAUAAAGUCAAUGCAUUGAUCUCUACUGUUGUCAUUGUUUACGUGUUUUGUGAGUACAAAGUCAAGCUUAGUGAUGACGAUGUUGUGAUCAUGUUUAAAUGCCUCGCGAUCCCACCAAAUGAAAAUUUAUGCUAUAAACUGAUGGAAAACGUUGGUAAUUUUGAUGAAAAUAUGUUAAGGCACUUCAUCAAUAAUGUUCUCAAAUUUUACGAAAAACAAGUAAAAGUGAUACCUUUGGUUCUCUGGCUUAAUGCGCUGCCUCUGUUGCAUUUUUUACGCGAGGACUGCAAACCGUUUAAAGUCGUAGAUUCCUCUAAAGCCUUGGAUAGCUCAAAUUGGAAGUGGUGGGGAAUGAAUGGAUUUCCAUACCGACAGUUGCAAGGUUUCACAGGAAGAGAAGCAUUGGAAAUUUUGCAAGAUUUGAAGAAAGUUUUUAACAUGGACCCUUUGAUACGACGGGGCUUCCUUCUCCUCUGUCCUCUGGAGAUAUACCAUGAACUUUUGAAAACCGGAUUGUUCUCUUUUCUGGAGUUAUGCUUCACCAUGCGAAAGCUUCUUUCUGAUCGAUAUCUUUCCUCAGGAAAUCUUGUCGAGACUCUUGUCAAGUUUUUAGAAGAACUGGACAAAACACUGAUUCAUGUGUGUGAACCGAAGGACUUUCCCAAGGCAAAAUUUGACGAAACAAAUUCAUUGUUAAUUUCACUGAAGACAAUUGCGAAGAACGUUAAAAAUUAUCUUCCAUUGCAUCAAGUGAAGUUUUUGUGUUGUUUGGCCAAGUGCACAGCCAGUGCUAUUCAUUUGCAAAUGGCAGGAUUAGACAUAGAAAAUGAAGGUGGAAAAAAAGACGAUGGAAGAAAUUGGGAAAAACUUUAUGCACAACCACAGGAAAUGAAAAAGUUGCUUGAACCUUUCAAUGAACAAAUUUCCACAGUGAAGCAAUUUGUCCACUCGCAAUUUUACCGCAUGGAUCUUGAAGAUUGUGGUGACAAUACAUGGAAAAACGAUUUGAACGUCUGGAAUGAGCUAUUGUCGUUCACUGCUUCAGCUUUUUUUAACAAUUUGUGGUUUGGUACUUUCAAAAAACAGUUCAGCGAAAUGAUACAUAAGGUUUCACCAUUUCGUCAAAUAGAGUUGUUUUGUUUAUCCAACGAACAAAAAUGUAGCCAAGAAGUUGCAACAUGUUUGAGUGACGCUGCUUUUAAAGCAAUUGAAAAAGUUGUAAAAGGAGAUUACAGCAUACGCACAUUUGAACGCUUAAGUCAAGACAAGUCAUUAAAGGCAAUAAAGUUACUGAGUGAAAUGUUGCAUAAAGCAUGGCCUCAUGAGCUGAACGUAGAAAGUGACUUAAGUGGGAAAAAAGAAAGAGAAAUUUUGCUGUUCCACCUGCUCACAUGGUCUACAUGGCCAGGACUUCUCAAAUUUAUCGGCAGCGAUGCUAUUAGCAAAGAGGGGCUGACAAAGGAAGGCAACUGUGAAAUGAUGAUUGUUCAUGCAGAAUCAUGUCUGGACAGUGUGAUGGAAUCAGUGUGUGAUGGUAGUGUUACAGUUGAAACAUUUCACUUGCUGGAGAAUUAUUCGAAGGAAUAUUUAAGCCUUAGCGAAAUAUACGAGGAAAGUCAAAAGAAAAGUCACACUGCUGCCACUUGGUUCUAUCAACGGGAAUCAGAACUAAGUAGUUUUCUUAGUUUGCACAAACAACUCUCCAUCUUCGUUCAUUUGAGUGAAAAUUUCAUUAAAGUUGAUGAAGAGUUUUCCUAUUUACGAGGAAAGAUUGACCAAGACUAUCGUGAUUUAUCUCUGCGCGAAAUUGGCUUCACCAAUGGACAUGGUCAUUUUAAUUCAUUGUUUUUCAAAGUGGACAAAAGCAUUCUCCUAAUGAUAGAAAAUAUGAUUGCGAUGCAAGAAAGUGAAUUGUUUAAACAAUACUGGAAGAAGUUUCAGCAAAAGUCAAAAGAUGAAGUUUUUAGCAUCCAGAAGAUUCACGAUGAUGUUUGGAAAGUCAUCGAAGAAAAACUUAAGACUGCUAAUAAAGAUUUUUUUGAUGGUGUAACGGAGCUGACGAGGAUUGAUAAAUAUUUACGCUUAUUUGGAAAGAAUUACGACGCUAUAAAAAGAGUUCAAGCUUCUUUCAAAAUACUUUGGUUAUCCACCGCAGGGAGAUGUUGACAAACUACUUAAACCCAUUAUUGGUAAAGUGAUUAAAUACAAGAAGUUAUUUGACGUAAGAGAAGCUGCGCAGGUGAUACUUGAUGUACGCAAAGUAUUUAUUCUUAAGGGUGACUUUUCUGAUGUGGAAACGAUUGAGAAGAUGAUAUCUGGUAACCUCCAUGAUCAAACUAUUAACGAUGUAAAGAUGACUUACUGAAAGCGGGAGAGCUCUUAGAUAAUAUGACCUCUUGCAGGCUGAAUUGCUUAAAAGUGUUUGCCAAAAGUGUUGAAUUAGUUAAUUGGUUGAGAAAAAAUAUUAAAGAUGAAAAAGCGUUAAAGGUAUUCGUUGAUUUGGCCAUGAUAUCAGCUGGUGAAAGCGAUAUAGAAGUUGACCGUAUUUCUUGUAUGCAUACAAGCUGUUUGGGAUUUGGCUCUUUGAUAUUUGGCUAUCGUGAAGAGCAUGGUUUUCGUGAACUGAUGGAACUUUGCAAACCUCUCUGGCAAGUGAUUGAUGCCAAUCGAAAAAUUGACAAAAAGCUAGAAUUAACUCAGAAAAAUCUUUCUUGGCUGAAGCAGAUCAAGGAGUCACAUGGUUCAGUUGCUUUGACAACAAUGGUCCAAGUGGAAGCAAUCAAUUCAUGUGGUAUUUACUACAUUGCUGACAAGGAAAAAGAAAAAGAAAACAAA